AUGGCACCGGCUUUCCCCCCCAAAAAACGGUUUGUCCGCAGUGCUUGGAGGCAAACUCGGCACCCGGAGGGGGCGUUUUCCCUUUGCGCAUUUGAAAUAUUAAAAGGAAUUUACCGCACAGCCAACCGUCACUUCCUCUCACGAGAGUUCAAGAGGAUGACACCGUCAGUAACACCAAGCGGUGCCUCGGACACCCCCCUCAACCUCUCCAAAGGGCAAAAGCUGCUGCACCACAUCCACAGCGCGGGAGGCUCCUGGUGGCGCGUCGGGCCCGGGGGCGUCGCAGUCCGACUCCGACUCCCCAGUUUUGGGCUCUUCGCCUCACGGAGGUCCACCAACGGGGCCGGUUGGGCUUCGGUGAAACGUCCAUCACCGACUGUCCCCCUUCACUUCUAUCGGGGUUCAAAGGUCCUUGCCUCAUGGCGGUUCGCCACCCACGCUUUGUCCGCAGGCGCGCGGCCCCUCACAAACUGA